UCAACUUUCCUUUGCGGAAGAGACUACAGCAAUUUCACCACGAUGAAGAUUUCACUGCUCUUGGCAGUUUGCCUUGCUGGUUUUAUCAGCAUGGCAAAAAGUGCCCCCCGUGCCCAGACCCCGGCGCCGACGCUGGCGGAAUUGAAUGCCAAACAAAAGCAGUUGGAGAGCACCAUUGACGCGAUGACCACCCAGAUAAUGCAAGCGCAGCUCUUUCUCGAGGAAAGAAUUCGCUCAGAUGGCUCGUCCGGAAUCAAGGCAGUGCGGCUGUACCAUGAGGGUACCAGCGCGUUCUAUGAAGACAACCAUAUCGGCAACGGGGCCCUCUCCAUGCACGAUCACGCCAACUAUGACCGAACAGUCGGACUAGGUGAGUUCGUCGCUGUGAUGAACGGAGUGGAGUUCAGAACACGUCACAAUGACUACAAGCUGAGAAUGCCACUCAAGCACGGCAAGUACCAUGAGACAGAGUACAUCCCCUUUCCAGAUGUGCCGCCAUCAGUGCUCAGACAGGGUACUGUUCCGAAACAAGUGGAGGAGAUGCAGGAGUAUUUCCGCGCCUUCAGGGACCAGAACGUGACCCACCGUGACUACCGUGACUACUUCAAGGCUAACUUGUGUGUGGCGGAAGGAUCCUGGACACUGAGUACUAACACCCUUAAUGAACCCUUCCAGAGUGACCGUCAUCAUAUCGACGCCACAAGCUGGCAAGAUUUGCAGGACAAGGUCCGGUUCACCUCAUACACAGGCACCAAGAGUCGACUGGAGAACUUCUCGUGGCUGCCCACCAAGUUUUACGGUCAGGAGAAUGGCGUUCCCAAGGUGGCCCAGUGGAACUAUCGCAUUAUCUGCAACCCCAUCGGGCGAAACCUCCCGACCUCGUACUUCCAGCAACAAGACGACCUGGCUCACCGGUUGAGCCGCGGGCGGACCCUAGAGGAGAUCAAGAAAUCAAGAGCAGCCAGGUUCAAGCUGAACGAGUUCUCCAUGCAGAGGUCAGUCAGCCACCGUGGAUACAAUGAUAAGAACUUGUGGGUGGCCUUCAACACUCAACCCAAUGUCAUGCCCCUUUCCGCCAAAAGCUGCUCCGACAAAUGGCAUUGCUUGAACGUUUCACAGAGAGUAUCCUACGCAAUACCCCUUGAAAUCAUCUACAUGACCCCUCUCUUGAGCUGGAACCCCCACCACGUUGCUUACACUGGCACCACCCCAAGUCCACAGGCUGCCGCUGUAACGGCGAAUGGCAGAAAUGGUGGCAUAGACAAACACACAGCCUACAACGGAACUCACAAGUCCAUAUUUUACAGGACGCCAGCAGACUUUUACGCGACCGGAAAGGUAGAGGCAGACAAAGCUGACACAGCCAAAGGGUCUGUCGGUGUUCUCGACAAGCAAGGAAACGUGCACUCCAUGGCAAGCUCGGGUGUACGUGUGCUCACCCCGUCCAUUGGUGGAAACGUAGGCCAAGUCAGAACGCGCUAUCCCAUCUUCCCUGUACACGCGGAAGGAAGUUCUAGUGGCGUUGAGCUCUCG